AUGUCUGUUCUAGUUACUGGGGGUACGGGAUUUUUGGCCCUGUACGUGAUCGAUGUCCUUCUAGAGAGUGGAUAUACCGUCAUUGGCACGGCAAGAUCGGAGGCAAGGUAUGCCCCAAUGUUGAAAGAAUUUGAGAAAAAAUACCCCAACGUGAAGCUGAGCUAUGAAAUAGUGCCGGAAAUUGGUGCUGAGAAUGCUUUUGAUGCUGUCUUGAAAGGUCAUCCUGAGAUCAAAUACGUUUUGCACACGGCCUCGCCAGUUACGUUUGGCUUGAACAAGCCUCUCAAAGAGGCUUACCUGGACCCAGCAGUGAACGGCACUCUAAACAUUUUGAAGUCUGUUCAAAAGUAUGCGCCGCAAGUGACAAGAGUGGGCAUCACUUCCUCUGACUCUGCAGUGGUUAGAGAGACCACUGACUUUGUCCAUUACACCAACCAAAGCUGGAAUACUAUCACGUGGGAGGAUGUAACGAGCGAUCUUGAGGCUUAUGUUGCUGCCAAAACAAUUGCUGAGAAAGCAGCCUGGAAGUUUGUCAAAGACGAAAAGCCCAGUUUUGCAUUGACUACCGUGUGUCCUCCCUACAUUUUCGGACCUCAGUUGUUUGAUUCCUUGUUGGGAAAGACCUUGAACUUUUCGAAUGAAAUUUUCUACACAAGUGCCACGUCUGAGCAUACUCCCGAAUUCUUGAACCAGCCAGCAGAGAUGUCUGUUGAUGUUAGGGACGUUGCUUUGUUCCACAAGUUUGCUAUUGAACAGGAAGCCACAAAAGGACAAAGGUUGUUCAUCGCCAAAGAGUUUUUCACUUACGUGUCUCUGCUCAAACUUAUGAAUAAGCAUUUCCCUGAUAUUGGACUUCCCAAAACUGGCGAUGCCGGAAAAAGCCCUGCAUUCAGUUUUGACGUGUCCAACGUGGUUGAGCUUGUUGGUGGUCAUGAUUUCAUUCCGCUGGAAAAGUCUGUCGUAGACACAGUCGCCCAGUACGUCAAGGUAAAUGGACACUUUUGA